AUGUGGCGCGCGCGUCCGAGCGGCGGCGGAGGCGCGGGCACCGCCGCCGGCGCCGGCGGCCGCCCGCAGUGCCAGCGAUGCCUCAAGUUCGGCAAGUGGACGUUCGAGUGCUGCAAGGACGCGUCGUCGCGGGUGUACGUCUCUCGGCCGUCGCGGACGGCGCAGCUCAAGAAUCCAAAGGUUCGGCAGCGAUUCGCGGACGCCGCGGAUCAGCCGCCGGACCUACGGAAAGAGGAGAAGGAGCGAAGAGCGGCGAUCAUCGGGAAGGUGAAGGGGCCCCGAGCGAAGAGGCACCGCCGAUCGAUCGAUCGAUCGGAUCGCGCGGGAGACGAGCGGGCGGAUCGCGCGCGCGCGCGUCGGUCGCGGGCUCGAACGCGUGCGCGGUGCUCGCGCCGACGACGACGACGACGACGACGACAAGUUCGCGCGGGGGGUGCGCGUGCGGACGGCGACCGUCGCGCGGGGGCGGUGUGCGGGGGCGUGCCGUCGCCGCCGCCGCUUCGAUCGAAAGUCGUCAGGCGAUGA